AUGCCUCGAUCGGCAGCCGGGAAGGCGAAGCGCCGUCGAAAACGCGACGAUUCUUCUUCAAACGAAGAAGAAGAAGAAGAAGAAGAAUCAGAAGAAGAAGAGAAAGAGGAGGAAAAGAAGAUCGAAGAUAUCGUCCGAACGAAGUUUGAAGGUGACGCACACCGAGCGCUUUUUCACAUGAUCGGAAAGAAAAGGAACCGUAACGACGGGAAAAGCGAAAGUGAUGAAGACGAAGACGAUGAGAAUUCCGAUUCGGGUGACGACGGCGAGGACGAAGAAGACGAGGACGAUGAUUCCGACGACGAAGAAUCAGAAUCAGAAUCAGAAGAAUCAGAAGCGCGAGAAUUAUUAGACGAAGACGGGGAAGAUAUCGACGAUGUGAGCAAAGUGCUCGAGUGGGAACCGAUCCCGGACGAGAGGCAAAAACGGUUCGACCGGAUGGGACCGCAGGACGACGUAUCGGACGUAUCGUCGAGCGAUGCAGAGUUAGAAGAAGAAGAAGAAGAAGUAGAAGAAAAAGCAAUGAUGAGUGACGCAGAAAAGAUGAUGGAAACGAAGAAGAUGAGAUCUUUACGCGCGAACGACGUUGAAAAUGAAGACAGAGAUAACGCGUUGACGUUGCAUUUGAAAAAAUGUCAAAACGAAGACGAGGAGACUUUGGCGGAAAGGAGGGAGAAGAGGGUGACGUUUACAUCGAUAUUUAACAAUAAGGACAACUGCAGUGGAGAUGAGAAAAAUGACGAGAGCAAUAACAGUAACGCGCGAUGGGAAAUGAGCGAGAACGUGACGACUUUACCGAUGGCGUUUAAAGAUGAGGCGUAUUUCGCCCCAAAGAAGAAGAAGAAGAAGAAGACGAUGAAAAAGGCAAAGAAAAAGAACGAAAAGAACAAAAACAGCGACGACGAAGAAGAAGAAGAAGAAGAAGAAGAAGAAGAAGAAGAAGAAGAAGAAGAAGAAGAAGAAGAAGAAGAAGAAGAUCCAUUGGCACUUCCUGGCGACAUUCCGUUAAAAAUCCGCGAACACUGGAAAAUCGUUCGGGCGAACGAGAUUCGAGACGAAGAAGAAAAACAAGAAAAUGAUGAUGAUGAAGAUGAAGAGAACAAGAAUCCGUCGUGUUUCAAAAAUCGAGCGCAGGCGGAGUUAUAUCACUUGGUGAGCACGUACGCUGAUAUCUCGCACACCAGACGCAUUCCGGAUAUAUCGCAUUUGUCGCAGAAAAAAAAUAAAGAAGACUCCACUCUUCGUUGGCGAAACCAAAAAGACGACGAACUUGACGCGAUACUCAUCCACGCGAUGACGCACAUUCAUCGAACGCGAAACCGCGUGAGUAAGAAUAACGAGAAGUUAGCCAAGAAAGUGAAAGCUGGUCAAGAGAUUUCCAUCGACGACACGCCAAGAGAUCAAGGUUUUGCGAGACCGACGGUUUUAUUCCUCUCGCCGAUGCGAAACGUGUGCGGUCGCGCAAUCAUGCGCUUUUUGAAAUUAUGUCCGAACGCGCACGGUCGAGCCGACGCGGUGAACAAACUCGAACGUCUAGAGAAUGACUUCCUCGCCGGUUACUCGUCCGACGAAACGUCCUCGGACGAGGACGCGAGCGACGAAGAAGACGACGAAGAGUUGAAGCGAAGGAAGAAGAAAAUGCAAAAGAAAAUAAACAAAGUGACCAAGAAGAAGAAGAAAUACAAAACGCACGUGCCUUUGGAGUAUAAAGAACUGUUUCGAGGGAAUCAGGACGAUCAUUUUCGAUUGGGUGUGAAAAUCACGAAAGCAGCCGUGCGUCCAUUCGUUGAUUUUUUCGGCGCCGAUAUCGUCUUCGCUUCACCUCUCGGCAUUGUCACCGCAAUGAAUGACGAUAUAAGCGCCGCUGAUUUCCUUUCUGCUAUUGAGCUCGUCAUCGUCGACCGAUGCGACGUCGUCGCCAUGCAAAAUUGGGAACAUCUGGAAACGGUUUUAGAAAAGUGCAACCAGUUACCGAAAGAUGCCAAAGACGUGGACGUGAAUCGAUGUCACGAGUUUCACCUGAACGGUGCCGCCGCUAGCGCGCGACAGACAAUAUUUCUGUCGCAAUUCGAAACCGCAGAAAUUAACGCGACGUUUAACGGAGCGUUAUGCGCAAACGUCGAGGGUAAAUUUCGUUUGCGCGCGACGAAAGAGAAAGGCGUGCUAGGAUUAGUCGCCUCUCCGGACGAUCCGAGGAAUCUACGGAAAAACGAAUCCGCGACUUUACCCAACCUCAUCUCCAGACAAGAGUUUGAGCUCGUUCGCGUUUCCAAGAAAAACAUCCAAGACGCGGACGAUAUUCGUUUCCGCCACUUCGCCAAAGUCGUUCUUCCUCGCAUCCGCGAAAACCCAGACCAAGGCCAACUCAUCUUCUGCGCCACUUACUUUGAGUUUGUCCGCGUGCGAAACCUCCUCGUCGAUCGAGAAGUUUCCUUCGCCAUCAACAGCGAAUACACCGACAUCGCCGAAGCCGCUCGAGCGCGAACGUUAUUCGCUGACGGCCGGAAGCGAUGUUUGCUCCUCUCCGAACGCGCCUACUUCUACCAAAGACGCAACAUCCGAGGCGUCAACUCAGUCUUCUUCUACUCGUUGCCGGAAAACCCGCAAUUUUACGCGGAAGUGUGUUCGUUCAUGAAGAACCCAUCGCCAACCAGAAACCACCAGAGCAACACCAAAAACCAAUUCAGAGGAGGAGGAAGAGGAGCAGGAGUGAGCGGUAACAAAACCGCUCACGCUCUCUUCACGCGCUUAGACGCUUUGAAGAUUGAACGCGUCUGCGGUACGAAAAGAGGCAAGAAAAUGAUUCAAGAAACCAAAGAGGUGGAUAAGAAAGACAACGACAUGUUCGUUUUCUGUUAA